AUGAAGCCUACCCUGAGCGCUCUGGUUAUUUUUUUGUCUGUCGUGGGGGUCUUGAGCUUUGUGUUUCUUAUUCUGGCUAUCGGAACUGAUUUUUGGUACAUUAUUGACGCGUCCAAAUGGGAACAUAACUCCUCUAUGUACCUAAGCUCACAUUCGGGAUUGUGGAGGACGUGCAACUCUCAAAACAAGUGCUGGCCAUUCGUGAACCCAUUUGGGAGUGGGAAAAACUUCACAGAUUCUCAAAGACAUCUUUUAAACAUGCACGGGACAUUUGUCAUCUUGCUGCCCCUCAGCGUCAUUGUCAUGGUCAUCGGAGGGAUGGCUGGCUUCUUCAGUGUCCUGGCCAGAGCGUACAUGCUGCUGCUGCUCACUGGCGCUCUUUUCCUGCUUGGAGCUCUGAUCACCUUGGCUGGAAUCAGCGUUUACCUGUCCUACUCGGCCGCUGCCUUCCAGGAGGCACUGUGUCUAUCAGGACGGCAGACACUGGAGGAUGUCGGCAUUCACUUCGGCUGGUCCCUGGCCCUGGCGUGGAUCUCGUUUGUCGCCGAGGUGCUCGUGGGCGUCACCUUCCUCUUGGCGUCCAGGAUGGUGGCCCUGAUGCGAAGACAGGAGCAGGGAAUAUGA